GCCCAAGCAAGCAGAUUCGCAUCACGGUGUAUGUUUUCUCGUGUGUCUGAGUGCGUUAAUGGCGGACAUCUGCAAAACGUCUGUAGAUGAUUUGGCGAUUGCUACAGCUCGUGAAAAAUCAUUGUGAUGUCAGGUUAGUUUCACAUGAAAAUGGAAGCGGUGCAAACUUUAAGAAGUUUGUGGAUUUUUGUUGUCCUGUUUAGAAUAGAAAUCGCCUACGAUCUGCUAAAGGUGAAAUCUUUUUUAGGAUCUCUGUGACACGCAUUUUCAUUUUAAGUGUAAGAGAUUUGCCAGAUUUAAGAAAAAAGACAGAGGAAGUAGAAAUCUAUGAGCUGAAGAGCUUUCGAAGCUUUGGCUUUGAUGUGUCGUUUAUCCUGGCAUUUGUUUGGUAGGGUGAGAGACCAGAAAUGUUGAGAGUCUGCUCGGAAAUUUUAAUAAGAUCUUGUAUUCCUCGUUGCUGCGUACGAGGAAGUUCAUAAGAUAGCAAAUGCAUUAAUUUGAUGAGUUACUUCUCGGCCUCGGGUACCGGCUCACAAGUCUGAAAAGUACACAGAGCUUUCUUAUUUUGAUCCAUGGCAAUGAUGCAUUUGCUUGAAGACUGCAACCUGUGGAAGGAUUUUCCUAAAGGCUUACAUGUUCUUGUUGUGGAUAAGGAUGUAAAAGCGCUCAACGAUAUCAAAGCCAAAUUGGAAGAAUGUAAAUACGAAGUGACUACGUUUGAGCGAAGCGAGGAUGCUGUAUCAGCGCUGGAAAAUCCGGAAAGCUCGUUUCACGUAGCCUUGAUAGAGGCAGCCAUUGGUGAAGGAUUCGAUGGAUUCAGCAUCCUUCGUGCCAAGAAACGCAACAACAUACCGACAAUAAUGAUGUCCGAGAAGGAAAACAGAGAAGUCAUGCUCCAAGCAUUUGCUCUUGGAGCAGUUGAAUUUUCGCAGAAACCGCUAUCAGAUGAAAAAUUGAAAAAUGUCUGGCAACAUGCCGUUCGCAAGGCUCUAGCGACGGGAGAAAAGACACUUCCACAAUCUUUCAAAUUUUCAGAAACGAAAGAGCAAAAUUCGCUAUCUGCGCCAAAUUCAGAUCAAAUGACAGGCGAUGAGGAAGUAGUAAGCGAAGAGAAGGGAGACGCGGGAUUUACGAUAGAAGGAAAGCUUCACGAAAAGAUUUCUGCUCCUUCCACUCCUCAACAAGGACCUGCAGAUGUACUUAAUACUAGACAAGAAAAUAAUGCUGAAGAUUCCUCCGGUUCAGAGACGCUAAUGAAUGGUGUCCAAAUUCCAAGCGAGGACGCACAAUUCUCAGAUGGCGGCAGCUGCAGUAGCGUAGAUGAAGCGCAGAAGGACAUUUUGACUAGUGAUUUGCAGACAUCCGCAGAAAAUGCUGCAAACGCAGAUUUUAACUACUUUGACAAAAUGGGGCUUGAUUUUGACGACUUCUGCUUGGGCGAUGGGGAUCUGAGUCUUUCAGACCUCGAAAUGGAUUCGGAUAUGCUUGCAGAUUUUUCACUGGAGAGGCACGGAGAGCUUGAUAUGGAUCUUUAUUGUCUUGAUAACUGUGAAGUGCACGAGAAAGAUCUUGCAGAAGAGGAGGCCUUGCUGCUCGCUGAAGUCUCCAAGGCCGAGAAAGAGCAACUCAUUGCAAAUAUCUCUGAAAAUACCGGCAGUUGUUCAGAUUCCUCUGUCAAAGAAGAGGCUCUGGUGGGUGAUAAAAAUUCAAAGGAGGCUGAAUUCGUAAAGAUAGCGUCCAAAACUCACCAUGGCAAAAGAAAGGUAAAGGUAGACUGGACACCAGAUCUGCACCGCCGUUUUGUUCAGGCUGUAGAGCAACUCGGGAUUGAGAAAGCCGUCCCAUCAAGAAUCUUGGAGCUCAUGGGCGUUAACUGUUUGACUCGUCAUAAUAUUGCAAGCCAUCUACAGAAGUAUAGGUCACACAGAAAACAUCUCCUUGCAAGGGAAGCGGAAGCAGCUAGUUGGAAUCACAGAAGACAACUGUAUGCAACGCCAGGGACGCGGCCAAGAAGAGAAGUUAGUCCUUGGACUGCUAACGGUGGUAACACGUUAAUUCAGCCUCGUCCCCCAAUGGUAUAUCCGCCUGCAACUCACCCCCCUCCAUUCAGAGCCUUGCACGUGUGGGGACAUCCUACUGUAGACCACUCUAUGGUUCACAUGUGGCACAAACAGCACUUACCUCCUGCACCUUGGCCUGCAGCGGAUGGCACAUUUUGGCAGCAUCAGCAGCCUGCUGCACCUGCAUGUGCAGACACUUGGGCUCACAAUGCUCCGGCUCCUGGAACCCCUUGUUAUCCACAGCCCCUAAUGAGGCUUCCUCUAGCACCAGUUCCAGGAGUUCCACAUUACAAUCCUCCUGUGUUUAACGGAGAUCACUACAGGCCAGAAGAUUCUUCACCUAUACAUCCUGUAAAUAUUGACAUCAAGCCAGCAGCUUUGCAUCCGCCAAAAGAAACAGUGGACGCGGCAAUUAAUGAAGUCCUGAAUGACCCGUGGACGCCACUACCGAUUGGACUAAAGUCGCCGUCGUUGGAAAGUGUGAUGACAGAGCUCCAGAGGAAAGGAAUCUCCGAUGUGCCGCUUCCAUCCGCUUGUUUAACACGAUAAAAAGGCUGCCAAAUUGCCAAUACUCUUUAUUACCUAAUUUGACGACAUCUCCUCCUGUUUUUCAAAUAAGAACGUGCCUACUUUAUCCCGCCACUUGUAUGGUACUUCUUUUUAUGUGCCAGGAAGUGCAGGACGCUUGGCGGCUUCUUCUUGAUUGCCAUUCUUUUGUUGACAAUGGUGUGCCUAGCAAAUAUCAUUUUAGAAGGUCGAGAAAUUUUACAUAUCUCGCGUCUUGCAAGUUUUGUGUCAGUCUUACUGAAAAUAAAAAAAAUCCUAGCUUCGAUGUGAAGCUUUAUUUUAAAAAAUGUAGAAUCUAUGCUGUCACCCAGGACUUUUUCAACGAUUAUCUAUUAAACCAACAGUAAUUUGGGAACCCUAGCUGCGAGAGAAACCUGCACCUAGGGGUGAUUAUCUUGGCAUGCAGCUAUUCUGGUUCUAAAACUACAAUAAGGAGUCAAUAACAUGCAGAUUAUUGAUCGUUAUAUACUGUUGAUUUUGAAAAGAACAGUGACGAUUUUGUUGUCAACAACAUGCUGUACGAAUUGAAGGUUUUGGAGCCAGUUUA